CAAAGCUGAAAGUACAAGCAGGACAGAAAGUGAAACUGGGCGCACCCCCCAGUAGUAUAAGACCCCCCUACCCAGGAGAUGGCUGCACACAGAGGCUGGGCCCUGACAUGGGCCAGGUGACAGGAGACCUUGGCUGGCGGCUCAGCCUGUUGCUGCUACCCUUGCUUCUGAUACAAGCUGGUUCCUGGGGGUUCCCAAGAGACCCCCUGAGCCUUCAAGAGCUGCGCAGGGAAUUCACAGUCAGUCUGUACCUUGCCAGGAAGCUGCUCUCUGAGGUUCAGGGCUAUGUCCACAGCUUUGCUGAAUCUCGCUUGCCAGGAGUGAACCUGGACCUCCUGCCCCUGGGACACCAUCUUCCCAAUGUUUCCCUGACCUUCCAGGCAUGGCGUCACCUCUCUGACUUCGAAAGACUCUGCUUCCUUGCUACCACGCUUCGGCCCUUCCCUGCCCUCUUGGGAGGGCUGGGGACCCAGGGGACCUGGACCAGCUCUGAGAGGGAGCAACUGUGGGCCAUGAGGCUGGAUCUCCGGGACCUGCACAGACACCUCCAGUUCCAGGUGCUGGCUGCAGGAUUCAACUGUUCUGAGGAGGAAGAGGAAGAGGAGGAGAAGGAGGAGGGGAAGGAGCAGCUCCUAGGGGCUCUGGGUGGCCCCAACCAAGUGUCAUCCCAAGUGUCCUGGCCCCAGCUGCUCUACACCUACCAGCUCCUACACUCCCUGGAGCUUGUCCUAUCUCGGGCUGUGCGGGACCUGCUGCUCAUGUCCUUGCCCAGGCGCCCAGGCUCAGCUUGGGAAUCCUAACGCCUAGCUCCAGGGCCUGUGGAGUGACCUUCCAGCCCCCUUCCCUCAAGCACUAAGACUCUAAGGCUGGAGUCUGGCCGACUGUGCAGGACAGUCUCUAGCUAAUCUGCCUCAGACCAGGCAGGGCUUCACUAGUUCCCAGCCCUGACCCAAUAAUUUAAAAGCCCUCCAGUCCUUA